UGACACGGGCCCUCGAUAUCUAAAAAAGCGUGGUGAAAGGAAACGGCGGAAUUUUACAGGACUUUUUUAGGAAGAAUAUUUCGAGAGAAAAAGUGACACUCUGUUUACCAAAGAGUGCUGCUGGUGAAGUUUCGAAACUUCCCUCCCUAUCGGGAGGUGGUACGUGUUGAAUGACCUAAUUUUCACUAAACACAGAAACCGUUGUCGAUCGUCGAUAGAAAAGGUUAUAUUGUCUUAGUGCAGGAUCUGUUGAUUCAUGUGAUUGACAGGGCGUUUGUUCGGAGACAUAAAUAACCGUAAAUGAGUAAGAACAAUUUCGGCGAAUUAUAUGAAGCAACAUCAAAGCACAUAAAGCAGUUGAUUAUACUUGCUAAUUCGAAAAAAUAUGCUACGUCAGAAUUCGAUGAAUCAUUAAAAUCAUUUGUGAAUAGUUUCAGCCCUGAAGACGCACCAGCAAAUAUAACAGAGUAUCGUACAAAGGUUGCGGUAGAUAUAUUGUCAAGGUUAUCGGUUUUUGACAACCUUAUAUCUGUUUAUCGUGAAUUAGGAAGAAUGGCUAUUCCAUUAAGUUAUUCUACAUUCAAUCCACUCCCUUGUGAAAAAUGGGUCCUCAAGCUGACGGAUUUUCAACAAUCAUUGACUAAUUAUAUGAUCGUCAGCAUAAGCUUCACACAGAAACUGAUCAAAUCUGAUAUAUAUUUGACGGAAGUACGGCGUAUCUUACAUAUCAUCAGUGCUAUGAAAAUGUCUGAGGCUGUACUUCAACUAACAACUCUAAUUAUUUGUUCGUUAAAUACUGCAUUGGCGUAUGAAUAUAGUUGCCUAACAAAAAUACUUAGAGAUUAUGGUCUACGUAAUAUUUUAACACGCUAUACUUGCCCUGAUCCAACAAUUAAAUUGGCCAUAAACAUUUUUUUAGCGUUUACCUACACUGAUAUCAGUCAACUUUAUCUAAAAGCAGAGUACAUUGAAUUGUUCAUGCAACAGUUCCAUUAUACUGUUAUUGGAGGAAGAAAAGGUCAUUUCUUUGAUGCCUCUAUUCUCAAUAAAGUGCUCCGUCUUUUGGCUCUAAACGGUGAAAACAGAAUUGAAUUUGGCAAUCGUGAUAUUGUACGUCACUUGACAUCCUUAUCUGAUUCUCAUUCAUACGGCACAAAUGAAAUAUCAACUACUAUACAUAUUUUAUCAUCAAAAGUUCCAGUUAUUGAUGCCACCCAAGAAAUAUUGUCACAAGCUGAAGCAUAUCGCAGCAACAUAACUGAAUUGGAAGAAAAAGUUCGAACAUAUUUUGAAGGUGCUAGUAUUGAUGAAUUCUUACUUCAAUAUCCAACUGAACCUGAUAUCGGUGAUGACCAAAGUGAAAACAAACCAUCUAUCGUGGUAGAAGAAGGAAAUCCCUACUAUCUGGAUGGUCAUAUUAUGAUAAGCUACAGUCAUAACGAUGACAAAAUAGCACUUAAAAUUAAAGAAAGCUUGGAAAAUGAAGAAAUCAAGAUUUGGAUUGACAAAGAUCACAUGGUUCAAGAUGUUAAGAUUUUAGAUGCAAUGGCAAACGCUGUGCAAAAUGCUGCAAUUGUAUUAAUACUUUUUUCUAAAUCAUACCAACAUAGUGCAAAUACUAGAGCAGAAGCUGAAUACACUCGAAAACUAAAUAAACCAACUAUUUUUCUUCGUGUCGAGUCGAAGUUUGUUCCAAGUGGUUGGCUGGGUUUCAUGAUAGGCGAGAGUCGUUAUAUUGACUUCUCCGGGAAAUAUCCAUAUGAGGAAAAAUUUGAAGAAUUAUGCACCACAAUUCACAAUGUUAGUCGUGGAUCGAUCACUGUAAAGCCUGAGAAACCAAAAAAAACGGGAAAAUAUUCAUGCGUUUCAAUAUGAAAGAAUGGAAAUUCGAAAACUAUUGAGUUCAACUUGAAAACCUACCUUGCUCAGUUGGAAAUCCUUCUCCUUCAUAUAUUUUUAAAAAUCUAAUCCGUUUAUUGUUUAUAAAUGAUUUUCCAAUCACUGAUCAGAAACUUUACUAACGCUUAUUUAACUAAUAUUUUCUAUCACAUUGAAAUAUGAUAAUAUUAUGUAUUCUAUGCGCCAUUUAA